AUGGCAAAGGGUGCGCGAGCAACUUCGCGGAAGGCGAAUAAUGUACGACUGAAGAAAAAUGUCUUUGGCCCGGUCGAAAAUGCGCGGAUGGAGAGACUAUCUGCAAAACUGCUUGAAUUAGCCGCGCAACCUACACCAAAACCUGCGAAGGAAGAUGAUGGAAUGGAAGUUGAAGACGGCGAUUUGAAAAAUAAGGACGCGGACGCCGCAGAUGAAAAGAAGGAUGCCGAAGCUAUGGAUGUUGAUCAAAACACCUCGAAAACAUCAACCAUUAAAAAUGGCCGAGUCCAGAAGAGAAGACAUAAAUCUAGUCGCAAAGCUGGCUUCUUUCCAUACAAGCCAUUCCUUUCCGGUCUGGCCCAGUAUGAAACUCUUGAAUAUGGCCCGCCGCCAGUAGCUCCUUUUGAUAAGGUUAUUUUCAUGGUUGUCGAUGCUUUGCGGAGUGAUUUUGUCUUUUCUAGUCUUUCUGGUUUCCAAUUUACACAGAGCUUGAUAGCCUCUGGGGCCGCGAUCCCGUUCACUGCUUAUGCGACGUCUCCCACGAUUACCAUGCCCAGAAUCAAAGCAAUUACUACUGGAUCAACACCAUCAUUUCUAGAUGUUAUACUUAAUUUCGCAGAGUCAGAUACAAGCUCCACGCUUGCAAUACAAGAUACUUGGUUGGCGCAACUGAAAGCGAAGGGAAACGGCAAAAUGGUCAUGUAUGGAGAUGAUACCUGGCUUAAGCUCUUUCCAAACUUCUUUGACAGGGCAGAUGGAACUUCUAGCUUUUUUGUUGCGGAUUUUACAGAAGUGGAUAUUAAUGUUACGAGACAUGUCCCAGAAGAGCUUGCAAAUUCCGAUUGGAAUACGAUGGUAUUACAUUACUUAGGACUUGACCAUAUUGGGCACAAGGCUGGCCCUCGAAGCCCGAAUAUGAUCCCCAAGCAACGUGAGAUGGAUGGGAUCGUUUCCCAAAUAUACAAAGCCAUCGAGACCCAGAGAUCACUUCAGUCUACUUUAUUUGUCCUGUGCGGAGACCACGGAAUGAAUGAUGCUGGUAAUCAUGGUGGUUCUGCUCCAGGUGAAACUUCGCCAGCACUUGUGUUCAUGUCUCCUAAAUUAAAAACAAUCAAUUCGGGCAGAGAAAUACCAGCGCCGUUGAAAGAAGACUUUCGAUAUUACAAUUUUGUGGAACAGUCAGAUAUUGCUCCUACUUUAGCUUCGCUGUUAGGAUUUCCAAUACCGCAAAACAAUCUGGGAACUUUCAUUCCCGAAUUUUUGCCAUUUUGGAAGAACAAUAAUGAUAAAAUCCAGAUUCUUUGGAGAAAUGCUAAACAGAUACAGAAUGUGGUGACUGCCACAUUUCCAUCCUUUGAAAGCGAGGGGCCUUCAUCAAAUUGUCAUGAGCUGGGAACUGAUAUUGAGCGUCUGGCAUGUAAAUGGAAAAUUAUGUCGCAGACGUUACCUAACCCUAAAGACGAAAACAGAAGUACUGAAAAAUGGUUCUCGAGCACUUCCGAGUGGCUCAAAGAGGCUCAAGAAUUGAUGAGUGGCACAGCUAGUAACUACGAUGUGUCGAAACUUGUUACCGGCCAAGUGAUAACAGGUGCUGGGCUUGUUCUAGCCUCAAUAUCGGCUGCGCCAACUUUCGCAAGACUUCCUAGGACUAGCUUACCUUUCAUUGGAAUGACUCUAGUGUACGGGGCGACAAUGACCGCAAGUAGCUUCGUGGAGGAAGAGCAUCAUUUCUGGUACUGGGCUACAAGUCUUUGGUUAGCUUUACUUUGGGUUAAAAGUCGACGAAAAGGUGUCCAAACUGGAUUUCUUCAACUAAGCGUAAUUGUUUUGAUGAUAGUAAGCCGCAUCACAAGGCGCUGGAAUCAAACCGGGCAGAAAUGGGCUGGUGAGCGGGAUAUUGCCAAGUCUUUCUUUUUUGAACAUCGACUCGUUCUUUGGUCUUUUGUAGCUGUAACAUACUUGGCAAAUCUCCAGGUUCUUACCAGGCUAGGCUUUCCUCGCUUUCCGCGCUGGGCUGCUGGUACUAUUUCAGCUGCUAUCAUAACUGCUGCUGUCACAUUCAAGCUUGCCUUCACUCACGAGGAUUCUCCAGAGCUCCUAGCUGGAUUUGCUAAGCAAAUGGCGGACAAUGGCCUUGGUGGUGCUCUAUUAGUAUCAAGAGCAAGAAUUGCAUUCGCAGCUAUUGGUCUUGCAAUGCUCUACACGAUCAUUUCUGGGUUCAGUCAGGCGCGACCAAACCGAAAUAUGCGAGCAAUCCACAAUCUUCUAACAUUAUUCCUGAUUACGCAAUCUAGGGCAACAAACAUCCCUCUCCUUCUCCUUUUUGAGAUACAGUUCCCGAUUUUAGCCGAUUUAGACCUUAACAUUGUAGAAACAAGUACAACAACCAUUCUUUUCCAACACACAUCUUUCUUCGCCUCAGGCGGAUCGAACGCCAUUUCUUCCAUUGAUCUCUCCUCCGCCUACAAUGGUGUAAGCGGCUAUAACGUCGUCGCAGUCGGAAUCCUAACUUUCGCAAAUAACUGGACGGGUCCGAUUUUCUGGACAUCCGCCACGACUCUGAUGCUCCUAAGACUCAAGUCGAAGGGAGUGAAAGACGUUUUAUAUCAACAUCUUGCAAUUCUCACACUAUUCGUGACGGCCGUCUUACUGUUCGUCAUGGCUUCUUGCACAUUAUUAAGGACGCAUCUGUUUAUUUGGACAGUCUUCAGUCCCAAGUAUUUGUAUAGUAUGGCGUGGAGUUUGGGACAGCAUUUAGGUGUUAAUGUUGUGCUUGGCAGUGGUAUGUAUUGGCUUGGUAGUCAGUAUAUCUAA